CCUUCAGCACACUCCCAAAUUACAGCACAGGAAUGAAGCUUUGCCUUGCAGAGCGUUAGUAUUUUCCCCAGCUGAAAGGGACGGAAAGAUUCCUCCAGUGAGCUUGCAUCAUGGAGGCUAGCAGUCAAUCCAGCAGUCAACAGAUUCUGUGGAAAGAUGUUGAGGCGGUAAAGGAGAAGAAGGCAAAGUACCACACCUACCAGCGGGUGGCUCUAGCUCUGGCUCUGGUCUUUCUUGUUUUGGCUCUCUGUGUUUUCAGCCUGAGGUAUCUGUGGAGCCCCAGUCUUGGGAAGGUGUAUGACCAUCAGUACAAAGCCGUGUUGGAUGGUGUAGAGACAGAGAGCAUGUUGGAGAUUGACCCAGGUCAGCGCAUUGAGAUCUUCAGAAUGGGAAACGGGAGCGAUGAGGUGCUGGAGGUGCAUGACUUCAAAAAUGGAAUCACUGGGAUCCGGUUUGCCGAACAUCAGAGGUGCUACAUCAGGACCCAAACUAGGAAACUACCCACGGUGGCAGAGGUGAAGGCUGAGGACACGGAGUUGCGGCAGGUGGAUGAGACUGAGGCCAUGGAUAUGAAGGUGGAGGACUCCCAAGUGUGGGUUCCUGCAGAGGAGCCCAUCGUUAACCCAGCCUUCCUCCUCGACUCCAAGAUCUGGGAGAUUUGCCAGGAGCUGCCCAUCCACUGGAUCCAUCCCUCCCCUCUGAGUGAUGCUGAGGUGGGAAAUGUGGACACGCCUGACGCAGAGGUCACAGGUCACCGUUUUGCCCGUGACGUCCUGGACCAUCCCGCCGUCAACGACUAUAGGGAUGUUGGAAUCGAGCUGGACAACCGUCUGGAUGAGCGCGGCUACUGCUGCCAGCACUGUCGCCGUGGUUACCGCUACUGCCGCCGCUACUUCGAGCCCCUGGGUGGCUUCAACCCAUGGCCUUACUACUACCAAGGAGGCCGGGUCAUCUGUCAGAUUGUCAUGCCGUGCAACUGGUGGAUCGCCCGUAUGCUGGGGAGGAUCUGAGGAUGGGGGAGGGUUGGAGCGAGCACCGUCUGGGAUUUUAACUGUGUGUGUGUGUGUGUGUGCAAAUUCUCCUCAUGAUAAAUAUUCCAGACCACUUGAGAGACCAAAGCAGUCCAUUGCACACACAAUUAUUAUCCAAUCUGAAAGUUGGCCCAUUGAGUAUUCAUCAGUCUAAACAGUCUAAAUGGCAUUUGAAGUGUUUAGAUUCUUUCUAAACAGUCAUUGGUGGUUUACAGCUGUCUAAUUUUCUUUGCUUAUCUACCUAUUUGGUCUCCUUGCUAUUUGAUCCUGUUGAAUGGGUGCAAUUUAGUUUGGAAGAUGUCACCAGAAACUAAUCUGCCCCAAAAAGUACUUGAGCACCGUCUGCUCUUACUUUGUUGUGCUCCAUUUUCUUUACUCUAUAGGUUCAAAAGAGUUGUUCUACCUUUACUGUGGUGCAUUCAUAUUAGACAUUUAAUUAUCUUUUUGUGAUCAUUUUCUUUAUUCUUGCUUGUAUAAGUAUCAGAUAAAACCUCUGUCUGUACCCACUAUGAGAUACACACAAACAAUUAAGUGGUGGUGGUCAAUAUGACACAAUAAGACACCAGGUACAAAUAUACACAAAUUAAGACAAAAUCAGGGAAAGACCCAAACAGUUCUUUCUUGUUUUUGGCAUCAUGUUAAACUAAGGAAGUACAGUAUAAUUAAAGAUGCACAGACCUCAGCCUGUCUUUUGUGAUGUACUCGCUGUUGUGUUAUCCUCCAUUGUGUUCACUGUUGUUGCAAUCCUCAGAAUGCUUUAAAUAGUGCUUCUGUUCAAACAGUUUCCUCUUUGCUGAGGCGAUUUUAAUCUGCAACGCCGCAUCUCAAUCUGUCGAGUCGAAACAACUCUCAUCUGUAACUAACGGAUAAGCAAGCGAGAUAGGCAUUUGUAAUUGGUGUUCUGUCAUCAGAAUAACAAGGUGCAUAAAUACCCAAGAGUAUUCAAGCUACGCGAGAUGUUCCAAAGUUAAACAGAGAGACAAAAAUGGAGUGCUCUUGUCAUCUUUUGCUUUGAAGUCUCAUGUAUGUUUCUAUCUCUUUCCUGAUUUUUUUCCAAUUAAAAUUUUAUUGUAUGAAUAA